AUGGCCUCCUUCUUCACAUCCCCGGCAUCAUACCGGGUCAACAAUAUGCUGGACCACCCGACGUUACCGCCAGCGUUGAUGGCGCAGAACCCAUUCGAGAUCUUCAAGAAGAAGCCGCACGAUUCGCACCCUUCGCUGCCACACCUGGUUCUACUAGUUUUUGAGGCCGUUAUGGAAGUCGUUUGCGUCGCUCUACCAGGCUACAUCAUUGCCAGGCUGGGCCACUUUGACGCCGAAAAACAAAAAUUUCUUGCGAACCUCAACAUUCAGCUCUUCACGCCAUGCUUGAUCUUUACCAAACUAGCGUCGCAGCUUAACGCUGACAAGUUGGUUGAUCUCGGCAUUAUACCGGUUAUUUUUGUCAUCAUGACCUUUGUUUCCUAUAUGGUCGGGUUGGGCGUUACGAAAGCGUUUCGGUUCCGCAAGCGCCCAGCGAAUUUCGUGAUCGCAAUGGGAGUCUUUGGUAACUCAAACUCCCUUCCAAUCUCUCUCGUUAUCUCGCUCUCGCAAACAAUCUCGGGCCUACACUGGGAUAGGAUCAAGGGGGAUAAUGACGAUGAGGUUGCAGCACGUGGCAUCCUGUACCUGCUGGUUUUUCAGCAGCUUGGACAGCUCGUCCGAUGGAGCUGGGGAUACCACGUCUUGCUGGCACCCAAGGACAAGUACGAGGAGUAUAACCAGGAACAGGCGGAGGCAGGCCGUCUGCGCUCCGGCAGUGCCGAUGGCCACAGCGUCAGCGAGAGGCGUGGACUGCUUGAGGACGGAAGCAUCCAUGAGUCUGACCCAGAGGCUGUAAAUUCCGACGACGAAGGAACCAUGCAUACCGACUCAGACUCUUACGUGCCCGCCGGCCGAACACCGAUUGCAAAUCAUUCGCGAGCGUCCCCAGCUGAUACCGAUGGCGACGAUUCGGAAGGUAGCCGCCGCCCCAGCUCGGCGCCUGGUGGUCGCAAGAUUCGGAAGAGCAGAAAGCAUGGUAGUGCCAGGUCUCGCAAUCGCUCAGUUGGGCCUGGUCCCACCAACGGCCAUAUACCACAGCCACACGAGAACGGCGGCGAUCUUCAUAUUCAGUCGUUCCCCCGCAUCCCUAAAAAUGAUGACCAGGAAAUAUCUGGUGGGUUCAAGGGUCUCAAGAUGCGCGCAGUCAUGCUCAAACGCAAGUCGGCCACCUCUAUCAAGGCUUUCGGUUCGCGCCAGUUUGCCAGGCUGCCGUUCACACUACAGCGGGCUUUCAGGAUGCUCGGCAGGGCCGUAAACAAAGCCAACGUUUUCCUGUGGGAGUUCAUGAACCCCCCGCUGUGGGCCAUGUUAAUCGCCAUUGUGGUGGCCUCGAUCCCCUCACUUCAGCGGCUCUUCUUUGAAGAGGGCUCUUUUGUCCGCAACAGUGUCACCAGUGCUGUUUCCCAGACAGGCGGUGUCGCCGUCCCUCUGAUUCUGGUGGUCCUGGGCGCCAAUCUCGCCCGCAACACGCAGAAGCAUGACUCGAUCGAUCCGGAAGAGAAGGAGAUUGGUACAAAGCUACUAGUGGCUAGUCUGAUGUGCCGCAUGCUGCUGCCAACCAUCAUCAUGACGCCGAUCCUGGCCUUCUUUGCCAAGUACGUCCCGAUCAGCAUCUUGGACGACCCAAUCUUUGUGAUUGUGUGUUUCCUGCUCACAGGGGCGCCAAGCGCCCUGCAGCUGGCUCAAAUAUGUCAGCUUAACGAUGUCUACGAGGGCGUCAUGGGCAAAAUCCUCUUCCAGAGCUACGUGGUAUGGAUCCUGCCAAGCACGCUGAUUCUGGUGAUGCUUGCCCUCGAGGUUGUCGAGGCUGCGAAGUAG